UCAGCUCACAAACACGCCACAAAGCUCCAGGCCCCCGUAAAACCUUGAGCAUCGCCCUCUUGCACCACACACAAGUUUCACUCAGAGAAUCUGGAGCAGGGGACAGAUUUACACACACUCACAUAGCACUCAACCGUCAGGACUGGAUAAAGCUAGAUUUUGUGCUGGACUGGAUUGCUCUAACACUGUGGAAAUGGGAGGCAGAGAGGAGUUGAUGGUGACUAGGCACGACCCCACCAUGCAGUUUUCACGCACCAGGUUGAACCGAUUCAGGCUCCGGCCAAAGCAGACAGGCAGGCGUUUGAAGCCAGCCACUCACAUCAAAAAACCCAGAGAUCCCAGCCCCACCGAGAUGAACGUGGAGCCCUGGGCCAGCCCGCAGGACCAGGCAGCCGCUGAACACACACACGCCGCGCACACACCGUCGUCCCAGGACCAGGAGCAGCACCCUGACAAACUGUGCCUGGACUCCUUCUGGAGUGAGGUGGAGACCAUUCGACAGGGGAGUGGCUACACAGACGUUGACGGCACCAGGAGAGAUUCCAGACAGUCAGAGGAGGGUGAGCAGGAGGAGCAGUGGCUGGCCGAUGCCGGUUUGUCAACGCUCAUCAGUGAGGACAGCGAGGAUGUAGACAAAGCUGUUCUGCUGUCCACUCUGACCCGGACCCAAGCUGAGGCUGUCCAGCGUCGGCUGGACUCCUACACACUGUCGCUCCGCAAGAGGAACAAGCCCCCGCCCCGUGACGUGCGCGACAUCUUCCACUCCCCCAUCGCUCAGACGCUUCUCCCUGAGUCUCAGGAUAGCGAGGACCUUGCCCAAAACAGUAUGGCGUCGGUUGCCAAAACACCACUCUCAGUAGUAACCCCAGAACAGCAGCAGCGGGGUGCACCGAAAGAGGAGAUCUUCAUCACAGAUGUGGCUUACUGCGAACAGGCCGUCAUCUUCCUCAAACAGGCCAAACUGCCCCAGAAUAACAGCCACCGCAGGAAAGAGGACGGCACCCUGCCUAGGGUGAUCUGCCCUCAGUGCCGCCUAGGGGUGACCCGUAUCCAGGAUCUGUCCCACACCGACAUGAAAAAGGUGCGUCAGUUGGCUCUCAUCGACAUGACAGCGCUGUGCGACCUGCUGGAGCUCGAGGUCAAGAGGCACAAAACCUGCAAGAGGAAAAUACCAGAGAGUGUGCUCUUCGGGGUGCCGCUGGCCGCACUGCUGGAGAACGAUCAGAAACUGAAGCCCAGUACCAUGACCCCUCUCUUCCUGCAGGCGCUGUUGUCUUUUUUGGAGAAGAAAGGAGUUGAUUCUGAGGGGAUCCUGCGGGUUCCAGGGUCUCAGUCCAGAAUCAAGCUGCUGCAGCAGAACCUGGAGAGCAACUUCUACUCCGGGGCGGUGAGCUGGGACGAGAUCAGUCCCAACGACGCGGCUGCGCUGCUCAAGAAGUUCAUCAGGGAGCUGCCAUCCCCUCUGCUCACCGCCGAGCACCUCAACACCUUCAGCGCCGUCAGAGACAUCUCAGAGCUGAAGCAGAAACUCCACAUGCUGAACCUGCUCAUCCUGCUGCUACCUGAGCCCAACAGGAACACACUCAAGGUGCUCCUCGAGUUCCUCAGUAAGGUUGUGUCCCGGGAGAAGAAGAACAGGAUGAAUCUGUGGGCUGUAGCGACCAUCAUGGCUCCCAACCUCUUCCUCCACAAGGCCGUGCCCAGCAGACUGACUGAGGGUGCAGAGAAAGGACAGGCGGAAAAGGCAGCGGACAUUAUGAGGCUCCUCAUCCGCUACCAGGACCUCCUCUGGACGGUUCCUAAUUUCCUUAUGAGCCAGGUGCGUAAGCUGAAUGAGAACAGUAACCGGCGAUACCAGUUCUACGAUCGUCGCAUCAAGAACCUGUUGAGGAAGAUCCACACAGACAGCCGCGACAAACCCGAUAAAAAUACCUCCGAGCCGUGCCGUACAGUAAAGAUCCAGGUUGGGGAUCUUGUGAGCAGCACCAUGGAGGUCCAGGUCAACGUCAGCUCCCGGGCCUCAGACCUGCUGGCCCAGUUUCAGCGCCAGUUCAUGUCCACCCCUGAAAAUGGCAAGGGCAAACUGCGGAGAAACGGUUCCAUCACCUAUCCAGAGUGCGCCAUCUACGAAGUGGGAGGGAACAUCGGCGAGCACUGUCUGGAUCCUGACACACACCUUCUGGAUCUGUACAACAGCAACCCUGGAGGAGAGUGGGUCAUCAAGCUGAAACCCAACGGCAGCCGAGGCCUGUGAGAGUUAGGAGUGCAUGAAAGGGCAGAGGGAAGGAUGGAUAGCGGAUAGACCUGGAAAUGGAGAGAUGGAUGGAUGGAUGACCGAGGCAGACAAGGACAGAGCUUAAGAAGGACCGCUUGCUUCCUUUAAGCAACCAGGGAGAAGGAGAGAGAUGGACAGACGGAGAAUCUGCCAGUAGCAGAGCCCGUAAGACAUUUUGUUUCCAGAUGAAGCCCACAUACCCCCAUUGUUGCUUUUUCCUCUCUCUCUUUCUCUGUGUCUCUCUCCCUCCUGCAUUACUGCAGGGCUGUGAUGCUGCAGCCAGGCACAGUGACGUGACUUAUUACUUCCAAUAGAGAGCCAGAGGAGAGGAGAGAGCGGCUGGGGCCAUUUGGUUUGCCAUCCACACUCUCAAGCAGUGAACAGAUGGGGAUGCAGAGCACCUAUGGCUAUAAGCGUGCAGUUACCGGCUGACUGGCUUGAAUGACUGACUCUCCCUCUCUCUCCCUCGUUCCCUCUCCACUGCCCAUUUUGCAGCUCAGACAUUUUGAUCACAGUGGAAUCAGCGACACUGGCUUCUUUCUGUUCUUCUCAAUGCCAUUGAAAAGGGGGAAGAGAUCCCUUAUGAACUGAUAUCUCCCUAUCUGUGACACUCUGCUCUCUCCUGGGCCUUAUAAAAAAAAAAAAAAAAAAAAAAAAUUAUGGACUUCCAAGGACCCCCCCGAACCCAUGAAGAGCAGCGUACAAAGCGAAUCGUUUUCUUUUCUUUUCAUACCAAGGGAUUUGGUGUCUCGACCUCAAGGUACAUCCUCUGUACCUCUAAAGGGAGUUGUUAAGGACUGAUUGUGAAGCUGGUCUUCAGCGGUCUGUUUUUGUUAUUCAACACAUGAACGGAUGCGAAAGUACCGAAGUGACUCUUGCUUAUAACUGACUAUUUAUAUGAAUGUGAUAAUGGUGUUGCUUCUGUAUUUGAUGAAUAUUCUGUAGAGUACCUUUAGUUGCUAGGCCCAGUGUAGGAGCAUCUCAACACUCAUGUAAACUCACCCACUCUCCUGUGGGGGGGGGGCGUAACGGUAUUCCUGUACAUAUUUCUUCACGCUCGGUCGUAUUUUGAUGCAUCUCUCUACAUCUCUCCUUUGUGUUUCUUCUUAAGUACUUCUUGAAAGAUACAUUUCAUGUGUAAAUAUUGCUCAUUCUUACAGUAUAGGCACUGAAGUCGUUGCAGCAGUAUUGUAUGCUUGUUGUGAUUGUAUUGCUUACAAUGCUCAUAAUACACAGGACCGGUGAGCAAUUCCGGCAAGCGAAUGUGGAAACGUUUUUCUGCCGAUCAUCAGAUUCAUUUACUCCUCAGACGGGAGCCAUGUUGGUGUUUCACGGCCAUUUUGUGCAAAGCGUCUCACAGACUCAAUAGGCAGUGUAAUGACGGCCGCACCGCGCCAACAUCCAUCAACACCCUCUGCUCCAUCUCUGUCACCUCCCCAUAAUGGACCAUAAUGGCACGGUGGUACAUGCAUCAGAAUAGCGCUGAAGAAUCACAUUUCCUUGAUAAAGGAGACAGUAAUAAAUGGCUGUUAUAAAUUCUGCUGCCCCAUACCGGACAACGUCAGCGGGACUGUGUGUGUGUGUGUGUGUGUGUGUGUGUGUGUGUCGAGCUUCAUUACACAAGUCCAAUUGGCCUGUCCCAGGGUCCAAGGCACAGUUGAGUGCUUCGGCACAAAGCAUGCUGAUGAAACUGCCUUCUGCUGACAAUAAUCAGGAGAACUAGGUCACCUCUAAAGCAGCAUCCCAGAGGGCAAGCAGUGUGACACUAUACAGCCCGGCCCAGGAGCGUGCCACAUGGACACACACGGUGUAAACACACACAUGGCACACACAGCGCACAUGCCGAACAAUGUGAUAUGGGGUCAUCAAAGUUGAAGUCAAGCACUACAUGAUGUUUCUGUUGACUCUAUGUCUGUAUUUAUGUUUGUAAGAGAGAAAGAGGAAUGUUCCUUUGAGGUAAAAAUAUAGUAGAUAAUCUCUGAACCAGUGUUAUCUAUAUAAUUACUUAUGGAGACAAUACAGAGUAAAUAAUAACCAGAUUAUAGGAACAAUUGUUUCCUGCCUUGAUCAAACGAGGUGUGUCAUCUGUGUGGCUGUAGACGUGUGUAUUCUUGUCUUCAUCAGCAAUCUCCUCUUCCUUUUAGCGCUGGUUUAUUGUAGCUGUAUGUCAGCAGAUGUCUGUAGAAUGUCUAUUUAAGCUCUUUACACACGUCUUUUGUUUUUAAUACUCCUGUGAAAAUACUGAAGGCUUUACCGCAGCAACAGAAGCUUUUGUUUAAAAAACAAAAAAGAAAGAAAGAAA